UCGAUCAUUAAUCGGAAAUGUGGCUCGAUCUUAAUUAAGAUCGUGUCACUUGUGUCACAUAUGUGUUAACUUAUGAUCGUGUCCAAUCGAGUUAGAAGAAGAGUAAGUGGUGAUAGUGUUGGUGAAGAAGAAGAACAAGAAGAGGGAAGGAAACAAGAGGAAGGAUUAUUGUUACAAAGAAAAUUUUAUCUCCUUUCGUUCGAUUUUCCAAGAGUAUUGGAUACUAUAGUGACUCUAACGAGAGUGACUCUCUACUCGAAAGAGACCAAGAGAAAUCCAGAAAAGGUCAGGUUCGCGUAGGCUGCACGGAAGAUCGACUUCGAUCUCUUCCAACUCGAAAGCAAACAAUGGGGUUGGCGACGAAGUGCCAUUGGUUUUUCAUAGGACUGGUUCUCGUACUCUCUUCGAAGAGCCAGGCCAGCCAAGACACUGAUCGUCCAAAAAAAUUCCAUCUUGAAAGGAUCGAUACCGUUAUGAUUCCGUUGCAUACUAAUACAAGUGAUAAUAAUCGAACUACCGAACGGAUUUUAAAUCCAAUUCGUAAACGAAGAUACGUUCGUUUUCCCAGUGGUCCAGGUGGAUAUGUUUAUGAAUCUAGUGGCUCGGCUAUUGGUCCAAGAAACGUUGGUACGUAUCCAGCUGCACGUUUUGGACCCCAACCACAAUUUUCAUCACCUUGGAGGCAGUAUAAGUCCCUUUGGAGAAGUCCCGUUUCUGAAUACUCUAGACCGGUGAUGGGUCAUCGAACUCCGAGGUUGAUAUUCCGUGACAACGAUUUUCUACCGCCUGCUGGUGGAGGAACUACGACUUUCUUUCAAUCCAAUCAGUUGCCUGACUUUGAGGAUGACGUUAGAGAUCAUCGAAAGCAAACGUUAGAAGAUUAUCCCAGACUGGAAACAGAAUCGCGUCAAGAGAAAAGACCGCUUUGGAAGGGCGACGAUACUUUGUGCUCCGACGGACGAACCUGUGAAUUUUUUCUAAUGUGCUGGAUGUCCGCUGGCUUAUUGGACGGCAGUUGCGGUGGCAUUAUGUUCGCUUGUUGUCACCGAAAAGAUCCUAAAGCUAUCUCCGAUUCUAACUUCCUCGAGACGCCUCGAGAUCAAUCUCAACCGCUUCCGCUGGAUACAUACACGGACGCUACCAAUGACGAUCAUUGCGGUAUACCAGUUUCGAAGCAAACAGCUCAAAGAAGAAUCGUUGGUGGUGACGAAGCUGGCUUUGGAAGUUUUCCUUGGCAGGCUUAUAUACGAAUAGGAUCCAGUAGAUGUGGUGGUACAUUAGUCAAUCGGUACCAUGUUGUAACAGCUGGUCAUUGCGUAGCCAAAGCUUCGGCACGUCAGGUACAAGUUACCCUUGGAGAUUACGUAGUCAAUUCAGCGAGCGAAUCACUACCUGCUUACACUUUUGGUGUCCGAGAGAUUCGAGUUCAUCCUUAUUUUAAAUUCACACCACAAGCUGAUAGAUUCGACGUAGCAGUGCUCAGAUUAGAUCGACCGGUUCAUUACAUGCCACACAUUUCGCCAAUUUGCCUGCCAGAGAAAAACGAAGACUUUUUAGGUCAAUACGGUUGGGCUGCUGGAUGGGGUGCUCUUCAAGCAGGUUCGAGGUUACGGCCAAAGACACUUCAAGCAGUUGAUGUACCAGUGAUAGACAAUCGCAUUUGUGAAAGGUGGCAUCGUUCGAAUGGUAUCAACGUGGUCAUCUAUGAUGAGAUGAUGUGUGCUGGGUAUCGUAGUGGUGGUAAAGAUUCCUGCCAAGGAGACAGUGGAGGUCCUUUAAUGUUGGAGAAAACAGGAAGAUGGUACCUCAUAGGAAUCGUAUCAGCUGGUUACUCCUGUGCUCAACCAGGACAACCAGGGAUUUAUCAUCGUGUAGCAAAAACAGUCGAUUGGAUAACUUACGUUAUUAAUUCGUAGCAUCAACAUGGAUUCAAUUGUUUUUCUAUCGUUGUUAUUUUUUGUGUGCAUCAUGAACUUUGCAUGACACAAAGUUCUUGAAUGAAGAUCGAGAAUUUAUUCGCAAAGGAAGUCUGUCUUCGAAAUCCAAGAACCUCAAACGUUCAGUAAUAAAAGAAGACAAUAAGUUUGUUCGUCAAAGACACUCAUAGGAAUGAUCCAUUAUCUAUUUCCUUUACGUGAUACGCGUUGAGAUUUAUGUUUACGAUUAUAAUCUCAGCCAUUUUUUUAACGAGAAUUAUUGUAAAUAU